GCAACAUGUCGGCAGAAAGACCAAUAACCCUGAAUAUGGACAUGCAGGAUCUGCAGAUCCAAACAUUCACUGUGGAGAAGCUUCUGGAGCCUCUGAUAAUCCAGGUUACUACCCUGGUGAAUUGUCCGCAGAAUCCUUCCAAUAGGAAGAAAGGACGUUCAAAGAGAGCCAGAGUUCUCCUAGCUUCUGUGGAGGAAGCAACUUGGAAUUUGUUAGACAAGGGGGAGACGAUCGCUAAGGAAGCCACAGUUUUACAGGAAGAGCUCGCAGCUGCACUCCAGGAAGUUCGAAAAGAGAGCAAAGCUCUGAAGGUAUCAGCUGAGAGCUUUACAGACGACCCCUGUUACCUCCCAAAAAGGGAGGCCGUGGUUCAAGCCGCCCGCGCCCUGUUGGCAGCAGUUACAAGACUCCUUAUCCUUGCGGACAUGAUUGAUGUUAUGUGCCUCUUGCAGCAUGUGUCAUCUUUCCAAAGAACAUUCGAGUCUCUCAAAAAUGUUUCCAACAAAUCUGACCUCCAGAAAACCUACCAGAAGCUUGGGAAGGAGCUGGAAAGCUUGGAUUAUUUAGCCUUCAAACGCCAGCAGGACCUAAAAUCUCCAAGCCAGAGGGAUGAAAUCGCAGGGGCCCGGGCCACCUUGAAGGAGAACUCCCCCCUCCUGCAUUCAAUUUGUUCAGCAUGUUUGGAACAUUCCGAUGUCGCUUCGCUCAAAGCCAGUAAGGACACCGUCUGUGAAGAGAUCCAGAAUGCUCUUGAUGUAAUUUCAAAUGCUUCCCAGGGCAUCCAGAACGUGCCAGCACCUCCUGAACCUCAGGCAGCGACACUGGGAAGUGCUCUCGAUGAGCUAGAGAAUUUAAUUGUCCUGAAUCCACUCACAGUGACAGAGGAAGACAUAAGACCAUCACUAGAGAAACGCCUAGAAGCCAUCAUCAGUGGGGCUGCACUGUUGGCCGACUCGUCCUGCACCAGGGACCUCCACCGGGAGCGGAUCAUCGCUGAGUGCAAUGCCAUCCGCCAAGCUCUCCAGGACCUGCUGUCGGAGUACAUGAGUAACACUGGAAAAACAGAAAGGAGUAAUACCCUGAAUACUGCCAUCGUCAACAUGAGCAAGAAGACAAGAGACCUCCGCAGACAGCUCCGCAAGGCUAUUAUAGAUCACAUAUCAGAUUCUUUCCUGGACACAACAGUUCCACUCCUGGUCCUCAUUGAAGCAGCUAAGAAUGGACGAGUAAAGGAAAUCAAAGACUAUGCCGCCAUAUUUCAUGAGCACACUGGCAGGCUGGUGGAGGUGGCAAAUCUUGCUUGUUCCAUGUCAACGAAUGAAGAUGGGAUUAAAAUCGUCAGAAUUGCAGCCAAUCACCUGGAGACCCUGUGUCCACAGAUCAUAAAUGCUGCACUUGCUUUGGCAUCAAGACCCAAGAGUCAAGUGGUCAAAAACACCAUGGAGAUGUACAAGCGCACAUGGGAGCAUUACAUUCAUGUUCUCACUGAAGCAGUCGAUGACAUCACCAGCAUCGAUGACUUCCUGGCUGUAUCUGAAAGCCACAUCCUAGAAGAUGUCAACAAAUGCAUUAUAGCCUUGAGGGAUCAGGAUGCUGACAAUUUAGACCGAGCUGCAGGUGCCAUCAGAGGACGGGCCGCAAGAGUAGCUCACAUCGUCGUGGGUGAAAUGGAUAGUUACGAACCCGGUGCUUACACCGAAGGUGUGAUGAGAAAUGUCAACUUUCUUACAAGCACUGUGAUCCCAGAGUUCGUGACACAAGUGAAUGUUGCCCUGGAUGCCUUAAGCAAGAACUCACUGACUGCCCUUGAUGAUAAUCAGUUUGUGGACAUCUCAAAGAAGAUCUAUGACACAAUCCAUGAUAUCAGGUGUUCAGUCAUGAUGAUCCGGACUCCAGAGGAACUAGAGGAUGUUUCUGACCUUGAAGAUGACCAUGAGGUCCGCAGCCACACCAGCAUUCAGACAGAAGGGAAAACUGACAGGGCCAAGAUGACUCAACUGCCUGAGGCAGAAAAGGAAAAGAUUGCCGAGCAGGUAGCUGACUUCAAAAAGGUGAAGAGCAAGCUGGACGCAGAGAUUGAGAUAUGGGAUGACACAAGCAACGACAUCAUUGUUCUCGCCAAGAAGAUGUGCAUGAUCAUGAUGGAGAUGACUGACUUCACAAGGGGGAAAGGGCCACUAAAGCAUACCACUGAUGUAAUCUAUGCAGCUAAAAUGAUCUCAGAGUCAGGAUCAAGGAUGGAUGUUCUUGCUCGGCAGAUUGCUAACCAGUGUCCAGAUCCACCGUGCAAACAGGACUUGCUGGCUUACCUGGAACAGAUAAAAUUCUAUUCCCACCAGCUGAAAAUCUGCAGUCAAGUUAAAGCAGAAAUCCAAAACCUGGGGGGAGAGCUCAUCGUAUCAGCUUUGGACAGUGUCACCUCCCUGAUCCAGGCAGCCAAGAAUUUAAUGAAUGCUGUAGUGCAAACAGUGAAAAUGUCAUACAUUGCCUCCACCAAGAUCAUCCGCAUCCAGAGUUCUACAGGGCCCCGGCACCCAGUUGUCAUGUGGAGAAUGAAGGCUCCCGCUAAAAAGCCCUUGAUUAAAAGAGAGAAGCCAGAAGAAACAUGGGCAGCUGUCAGAAGAGGCUCCACCAAGAAAACGAUCCACCCAGUUCAAGUCAUGAGUGAAUUCAGAGGGAGACACGUCUACUGAAUACCCUCAUCCACUCUAAGUGCAAUUUCUACACCCCAGGCUAACCACACUGCUUUAUUUCAUGGUUCAUUGGUUCUUUAAUUUCACCAAGUUUUAGAGUUAAGCUCACAAAUAACAUAAAACAUUGGGGU